AUGAAAAAGAUCAUGGUCACAGUCCUGCAACUUGAGCAUGGCCUCAUAGAUGUAUCCCGUGUUGACAAUUGGUGCCGCUUUGGUCCAGGAACCCGCUCGGACAAGUGGGGAUCUCGCGAAGAGGCCAGCGCCAGAGCGCUACAGGAAUCCACUGUGACCGCCGGCAACGAACGCCUACUGCGCUCACACCAUCGCUCGCUGGCGCCCUGUCCCUUCGUGUACCAGGUCACCGAGGCCGACGAGAAGAAAAUCUGGGUAGUGAGCGUUGGACCGAACGUACCGAUCUACGACACCCACGCCGGCGGUCGCGAGAUUCACAUCCAUCCGGAGUAUUUGCUGCCCCAGCUGUCGCAGGUGUACAGUGGAAGUCGCAAGGAUCCCCUGCAUCGUCGAAUCAAUCCGCGACGGUUUCUGCCCCCGUCAGACUUGGAGCUGUUACGUCGGUUUUUUCCCUCGGCGGUCGGCGCGCGGGUCCUCAUCUCGGGGUUCAUCAUUGUGUUGUUUGACAAUCGCAAGGAUAUCGAGGCGUCAUGGUUGGAAGGCUGUGUACCCUCCUUUGGCCUUCUACGGCUGGGUUAUGAUGUCGCGGUACAUUACCCGACUGAGACAGUUAUGGAUAGCGGGAAUGCAGUCUCUAGCUCUCCGGACGAGACUGAGUCCGCCACACCCUUGGGUUUGAAGCUGAAAUUCCCAAAUGGAUCGCAAGGCAUUGCGGUGCCGACUCAUGCGUUUGUUGACGUGAAAACACCCCAGGAGAAUAUCUCGCAAAAACAUGAGAGCUGGCUGAGCAAGACAAAGGCUACGUUCUCGAAGGCCGCUGUGAUGAGAGUCAGGGAACGUAUCAAGAUGGGAACCCCCGUUGACUCAGCGCUUGGAAAAAGUGUCUGGUUUGUGCAGGAGCCAAAGGAGAAAAUUGGAAACGUCACGACGACUUACGACCAUCACAUCGCCCGCAUGUCCACUUUUCCACAAACCAUCGAUCACGACACGUCAAUUGUGACGGGCGAUCACCUGCCGAAGGUGUUGAACCCCCCGCGAGCCCCUAGGAUCAUCGGCUGGGGCGACUAUCGACACACGCUGGACGGCCACCUCGUCUUCGCCAUGGCCCUCAAUGCACUUUCGGAGAAUUCCAAGGCAAAGAAUCGCAGAGAUCCAUUUGGGACCAUCCAGAAGGCUAUCGUCGAGGGCACCGAGUAUCUCUGGAACCGCAAGACGCGUACGCAGUCGGCCGCUAUUUUGUGGCGCGCAAUGCACGAUGGCACCGAAAUGGAAGGUCUAUCUGGAUCGGUGUUGUGCCUGGGCGAAUCCACUGAUCCGAACUGUCGUGCGGUGCUGUUGAAGCAUUUUGAGACUCCAAUCUGCCCGCCACAUUUCCAUGAGACGGAAAACGCUACGGCCCAUGGGGAUUUUUCUUGGUCCAGUAUAAGCGGUGGGUUUGUGCUUCCUCCCGAGAUUCGAGAUGCGCAGAUUAUCUGCGAGACCGACGAGUCGUCUGCUAUUCCUUUAGACGAACAAACGUGGGAUAUUGAAUAA